GUGCGCAGGCGUGCUUGACUCGGUGGCGAGGCCUUGGAGCUUCUGAGAGGUGUUCCCAGAGGUCCCGGGUCCCACGAGCGCCAUGGGCAGCGGCUGCCGCAUCGAGUGCAUAUUCUUCAGCGAGUUCCAUCCCACGCUGGGACCCAAGAUCACCUAUCAGGUUCCUGAGGACUUCAUCUCCCGGGAGCUGUUUGACACAGUCCAGGUGUACAUCAUCACCAAGCCAGAGCUGCAGAACAAGCUCAUCACUGUCACAGCCAUGGAGAAGAAACUGAUCGGCUGCCCUGUGUGCAUCGAGCACAAGAAGUAUAGUCGCAAUGCCCUGCUCUUCAACCUGGGCUUUGUGUGUGAUGCCCAGGCCAAGACCUGUGCCCUUGAGCCCAUUGUCAAAAAGCUGGCAGGCUACCUGACCACACUGGAGCUAGAGAGCAGCUUCGUGUCAACGGAGGAGAGCAAGCAGAAGUUGGUGCCCAUCAUGACCAUCUUGCUGGAGGAACUAAAUGCCUCAGGCCGGUGUACUCUGCCCAUCGAUGAGUCCAACACCAUCCACCUGAAGGUGAUUGAGCAGCGGCCUGACCCUCCUGUGGUUCAGGAGUAUGAUGUUCCCGUCUUUACCAAGGAUAAGGAGGAUUUCUUCAACUCACAGUGGGACCUCACCACACAACAGAUCCUGCCCUACAUCGAUGGUUUCCGUCACGUCCAGAAGAUCUCAGCUGAGGCUGAUGUGGAACUCAACCUCGUGCGCAUCGCCAUCCAGAACCUGCUGUACUAUGGCGUUGUGACCCUGGUAUCCAUCCUCCAGUAUUCCAAUGUGUACUGCCCGACACCCAAGGUCCAGGACCUAGUAGAUGACAAGUCCCUACAAGAGGAGUGUUUAUCCUAUGUGACCAAGCAAGGGCACAAGAGGGCCAGUCUCCGGGAUGUGUUCCAGCUGUACUGCAGCCUGAGCCCUGGCACUACUGUGAGAGACCUCAUUGGCCGCCACCCCCAGCAGCUGCAGCGUGUUGAUGAACGGAAGCUGAUCCAGUUCGGGCUUAUGAAGAACCUCAUCCGGAGACUACAGAAGUACCCUGUGCGGGUAUCUCGGGAGGAGCGUAGCCACCCUGCCCGGCUUUACACAGGCUGUCAUAGCUACGAUGAGAUCUGCUGCAAGACAGGCAUGAGCUACCAGGAGCUGGAUGAACGGCUGGAAAAUGACCCUAACAUCAUCAUCUGCUGGAAGUGAGGCUGGUGGGGGCGGGACACAGCUGCAGCUAUUCUCUCCUGCUAAGCCCUACCUGGUGCAUGAGGGCUAGACCAGCAGACUGGUCCCUCCUGCCUCAAUGUUGACUGUCACUUCUGUAAAUAAAGUCAUCCAUUUCAACCUCCCUUGACUGAAUACCACCUCUGAGCCAGACACCAGAGAACCUGCGGUGAGUGACAGAGCCAUGGUCCUGGUGCCCUGGAGCGCCAUCUGGUGCAUAAGGCAGAUAAUGGACAAGUAAAUG